GGUUCAGUUCUGCCUGACAGUCUGCACUCAGGGCCGAACUACAAUCGUUAAUAACGUCAUUUAUCCGCGACGCGUAGUGCGAGGCCAUGUCCACGCGUGUUUUGAAAGUUCGUGUCAGGUUUCUGUAAUGGCCACCACCAAACGACCACAGGACGAGUGCAGCAGCACAGACGAGAAGAAGAAGAAGAAGAAGAAAAAGAGCGAGAAGGAGAGCCGCGAGGAGCCGGCGGAGCUCUGCGCAGCCGUAGAAGACGAGCAGGUGAAGAGAGCCGUCACGGAGGCAUGGAGCCGCAAGACUACCUACAGCCACGGCGAUCUGGAGUUGGACUGCCAACCGUUCCCUCACUGCAUCUUCAGAAACUUCAUCAGCAGCCAAGCCUUUGCAGAAAACCUCAAGAAAGAGCUGCUGGAGCUAAACUUCCAUGAAAAAUCAAACGACCUGUAUAAAUUUAAACAGUCAGACGACCUGAAGAAAAGAACAGAGCCACAUAUUGCAGGGCUGAGGGCAGCACUGUUUGGGCGUUUCCGGUCCUGGCUCGGGGAGGUUCUGGGGGUUGAGCUGGAGCCCACUGUGGAUAUUUCUUGUGCCAAAUAUGAAUAUACAGAUGUUCUUUUGUGCCACGACGAUGAGUUGGAGGGGAGGCGUGUUGCAUUCAUUUUGUAUCUUGUGCCCCCGUGGCAGAGCAGCGACGGGGGAACCCUCGAUCUUUACACAACAGACAGUAAUUUGCAGCCACAGAGCAUAGUGAAGCCACUCGUACCCUCCUGGAACACACUCGUGCUCUUUGAAGUUUCUCCAGUUUCCUUUCACCAAGUGUCUGAAGUUUUGUCGCAGGACAAAUGUCGGCUGUCUCUGAGCGGCUGGUUUCACGGACCUUCUCUGGAACGUCCUCCUCGCUACACAGUGGCUCCCGUCCAGAGGAAUCCACACUUACCGAGAGAUGAAACGGUGCUGCUGGAGUGGAUCAAUCCCAUCUAUUUGGACAUUUCUUAUCAAGAGCAGAUUCAGGAGAACUUUGAAGACAGCUCUGAAAUUCAGCUCAAAGGAUUUCUCAAGGAGGAGAAGUUCAACGAGGUGAGUGAAGCACUUCGGCUCUCUCAGAUUGAGUGGAAGAAGAGAGGUCCACCCAAUAAGAGGUGCUAUGAAGCAGCUGCUCUGGACUCGCUGCCUCAGUGUGUGAGUGCAUGCUGGGAGCUGCUUCAUUCAGAAGCGUUCUUCCUGCUCCUCUCCAACUUCACUGGCCUUCGAUUGCACUAUCUCUGCCCGGCUGACGACGAAGAGAAUGGCGAUGAAGAGAAGGAUAAAAAGCAGCAAGAUGAUGGAGAAGCCACGGGGUCGUCAAAUGAACCAUCCUCAGCAGAUGUGCGCAGAGAGAAAGAGCCGAGCACCCCUUUGUGCUGUGGGGAAGUACGUCGAUGGUCUCAUGGCGGCUACACCCUGUUGCACGAUGGAGAGGCAGCGCGGGCAGAAUAUGCGCUGGACCUCGUUUUGCCUUUCGGCUGUGCCGGCUGGCAGUCAGAGUUUGGCGGCUUCACAUGUUAUGUCGCUAAUGAAGAGGAUGAGGAGCUUUUGACUGUCUACCCAGAGGACAAUUCCCUCGCACUCGUCUACAGAGACAAAGAGACUCUCAAGUUUGUCAAACACAUCAACCACAAAAGCACCUCCGAGCCUGAUGGCAGCUCCACCUGCAGAGAGUUUUAUGACUUUUCUUUUGUCUACUAUGAAUAAAUAUGUAUAUAAAUACAUAAGAGUGUGUGUGUGUGGGGGGGGGCAUUUACACUGGCUGAUGAACUCCACUCACUCCUCUCACUUGUAAAUAUACAGUAUAGGGAUGGAGUCUUGGUUGGAUCUAACCACCAAUGAUGGGCAACAUGCUGUGUAAUGCCAACCAAAGCUACUUUGACUUGUGUGAUGUUACUGACACUUCAGUUUUUUAGUUAUUCCAAGAGGGGGGAAAAAAAAUUUUUAAAUGUGUAUUUUUAGGCUUUUUAGUCACUAUUGCAAUAGGACAGUGGAGAGAGAGGACAGAAAAGCUGGGAAAAAGACACGCACAAAACAACCUUGGUGUACAUUUUAACCCAGGCCUCUGUAAUAGUCUUAUGGUAUAGGGGUCACCUUAAAAAGUUACUUAUAUUAUUUGUUAAAGUUGUAGAAAUCUGGAAAAGUAUGAAAAUGGCUCUCCUUGCUUUAUUCAGAGCCAGUCCCCAGCAUAGCGUAUGCACCUGGGCUGCAUUCAGGCCUAACAAAACUUGACAAAAAUGGGUUUUUUUUAAUAGAAAAGCCGUAGUUAUGAUGGCGCUACUGCGUCUGAAAAGUAAUGCCAACUUGUAUCUCAAACCUGCAUUCUUUCUAUUGGUCAGCAGGGGGCGACUCCUCUGCUUCCAAGAAGACUUCAGGUUGUAUUCACAUUUAUGAGAAAAAGACCCUCGCCCCCCCUCACUCUGUGACCUCAGUAAACGCUUUUAUGGGCUCAGUUGCUAUUUUCACGUCAUACAGAAUGAAACAUGAAGUUCAUCUUGUGAAUUAUGGUCAUUAUUAGAGUUAUAAAGGAGCAUAAUCCAGCAAGCAUACCAUGCUAGCUGGCAGGGUAUUAACAAGCAUACCAACUUCUUAAUCACAAGUUGUGAUUGUGCAGUAACCCUUAUUUUGACAGUUAAAUCCACCAUGUGCUUGUUUCAAAAAUGGUUCAAAAAUAAGACGGCGACUGCGAAAAUGCUCAUCUUGAGGCUUCAGGACGGGAAUUCACAAAACCAACACAUGGCAUCAGAGUGCCUUUAUCAAUCUUUUAUACUGUUUAUGUAUCCAUGCUGUUAUACUUGUCAAGCAUGCGGGAGCAGUAGUGGACAUCCAACAUUUAGGCGUGUUACCUUCACCUGACUGGCUAGAGUAAAUGUACAAGAAUCCAAAUUGUAAAUUUCCUGACAGAGAAUCUUUGGGGGCUGUUCACUUUUGUGUGUUACCUUUUUAAUAUGGUAGGGUUUAAAUAGACUUCUGACACACACAAAAAAAUGAGAUAAAACAUUUAUGAAAGCUCGUUGCCCAGCGUUGUGCAUUGCUUGAGAAAAACAUUUUAAAAACAUGACUAAAAAUAAACUUUUCACAACAUUCUUAGAUUAACUGUGUCGAUUAUGUGGUCUUAUCUGAUCUUAUUAUCUGUGGCCUGCCUGUGCCUGGAAGAGGAGUACCACUCUGGUUCCUUAGAACUUGCUAAAAGGGUUAUUUUAGAUUAUUGUUUUUUUUUACCCUAAUGAUGCCAAAAAAGCCACCAUUUAUUUACAACACAGGAAAUCAUUCCUGUACAACUCCUCCAUCUAAUACACAGUACACACUGCAAUAGUUACACCCUUUUGCACAUGCUCUACAGUAAAAUAACAAAUGACAAAGUUUCACAGGUUACAGUUAAAUGUCAAUCAUAUAUAUUUCACCUCUGUAAUAUUCUUGAUAUUUAUAAUUGAGCAAUUUUGUAUAUACUCGUGCUAUUUGUAAACUUUGUAAUAUAUUGUAUUAUUUAAUUAGUUUAGUCUGUUACUGUUAUUGUCUUGGAGCAACUGUA